AUGGAGUGCAAGGGUCUCAUUUCACAGUUCGCCAAAUCAGACUUUUCCAGCAUGAGAGGAGGGAAGAAGCGCGGGGGAGUGGACGUGGUGUGCGAGGAUGGCUCAGUGGCGCACGCACCCUUCACGGGGAAGAUCGACAAACAAGCCAGGCCCUACAGAGACGGCAAUGCCAUUGACAACAGAGUCCAGCUUUCAGGAUCAGGAUUCUGCAUUAAGAUGUUUUACAUCAAACCCAUCGACUACAGCGGCCCCAUCGAGAAAGGAGAGAAAAUUGGCAUCCUACUGUCCAUGCAAAGGGUCUACCAAGGAAUUACAUCCCAUGUCCAUAUCCAGAACUAUGACUUAACAGAUUCUACUCCCAACCUGUAA